CUCAAGGCGUCUAGCUUCUUCGUGCUCCAGUUCCAGUUCCACCGUCAAAUAUGGCCCAGCAAGAGAUCAAACAAGUAGCAGCAUCCCAGACCCACAAUCCAGGGGAGCCAGAUAAGCCGCCCGGGGCUGGGGGCAACAAGCAGCCUCCUUCAAUGGAGUACCAGCUGAAGGAGUACCUUCUGCUGCUGGCCACCCUGGUGGCGACAGUGACGUACGCGGCGGGGCUCAACCUGCCGGGGGGAGUCUGGCAGGAGGACACGCAUGGCGGACCACACAUCGCAGGUAAACACGACGUUCGCGACUUCGUGUAAAUCUUUUCUUGAUAUGCUUACUUUAUAUAUCCGGGCUCUUGCGGCAUCACUACUUGUAGGUGACCCCAUCCUCCCUGACACGCACUACCGCCGGUACUUGGCCUUCUACUACUGCAACGCAACGGCGUUUAUUGCGUCGCUUGUGGCGUGCCUCCUUCUCGUCUUCCUUGAUGAGAAGACGAAGUGGGCCACCCUCCUACGGGCGGUCAUGGUGCUCGACCUGUUCGGCCUCAUGGGGGCCUACGCCGCCGGGAGCUGCCGGGACAAGUUCACCACCAUCUACUCCUCGCUGCUGGUCUCGGCCGUCUUUGCCUACAUCACGCGCAUCUUCGUCAUCUACGCCUUCCGGCGGAUGCAGGUGAGGGUGCUGACCAAGAGAACGCAAGGCAAGGGUGACCCCAAGAAGCAACAUGAACAGCAAGACAAGGAGGAGGUGCAGGCCGGUGACCUGGAGAAGCAAAACAAGGAGAAGGAGCACGAUGCCAACAGGCGCGCCGAGGAGCACGAUGUACUGAUGCUUCUAGCGACCUUCGUCGUCGCCAUCACGUAUGUGGCCGGGCUGGGCCCGCCCGGCGGGUUCUGGGGCAGCACCCAGGACGGACACCACGUGAGCGACCCGGUCAUGCAGGAGCACUACUCCGCCCGGUACCAGGCCUUCUUCGUGUGCAACACCACCGCCUUCGUCGCUUCCCUCCUCAUCAUCGUACUGCUCAUGAACAAGGAGCUCAGCGAGGCUAUGACCGAAGCCAACAAGGCUAUCACCAGAGCCAACAAGGCUUUCUCUGGAGAGAUCUUCUCUAAAAGUUUCAUCGCGCUCUACGGGUUCAUCGCCCUGGCACUCACCGGACUCGUGGGGGCCUAUGCUGCAGGAAGCUGCAGGGAGCCUGAUGCUACCAUCUAUGUGGUUUGCCUGGCUGGCGCGGUUCUUGCAUACAUAUUUCUACAGGUGGCUAUUCCUAGAGCCAUGGGGAAGGAGUAUUGCGUCUAUAAUCCUUCAGGAUGGCUCAUGAAAAUAUAUGGCAUGUUGAACAGCAGGGACAGUGGUGCGCAACAAGAUGACAAAUUAUUGGAAAAGAAUCGCUCUCUUGUCAUGUUGCUUGCUACUCUCGUGGUGAGCAUCACUUACUCAGCAGGACUGGAUCCACCUGGCGGCCUCUGGCCAGAUGACCGGGAUGGGCACAAGGGCGGCGACCCGGUACUCCUCACAACCCAUCCCACUCGGUACAAGGUGUUCUUCUAUAGCAACUCAGCCGCCUUCGUGACAUCCUUGGUGGUCAUCAUAAUGGUCCGGUGUCAAUUUCUACUCCGGCGCCAUAUAUUGCAUGCAGCCAUGAUACUGGAUUUGUUUGGCCUCAUCACUGCAUACUCCGCAGGGAGCGGCAGAGAUUUAGCCACAUCCAUAUAUGUUGUCGCCCUGGCAGGUGCCGUCCUUGUGUAUGUGGUGAUUCAUAUAGUGUUCUUCACACUAGAAGAUAACAUCGAUCACCAAGACGCCGAUAAGUUGGAUAAGAGGCGUGACAUGCUGCUGCUGCUUGCCAUCUUGGCUGCAACACUGACUUACCAAGCUGGGCUCACCCCACCAGGUGGCUUCUGGUCAGCCGAUGACAAGUUUGGUCAUCAUGCGGGGUUCCCGGUCUUCCUUGAUAACUACCCACGCCGUUACAGUGCAUUCUUCUACUGCAAUGCAGCAAGCUUCAUGGCAUCUGUGACUCUCAUAGUUCUUCUGGUGAACCCCACCCUAUACAAGCCGGGCAUAAGGUGUUACGCACUCUAUGUGUGCACGGUGGUGGGCAUGUUUGGCCUCAUGGGUGCCUAUGCUGCUGGAAGCUCCCGCCAUCUGCGAACCUCCAUCUAUGUGUUCAUUUUAGUUGCUGCAGUGCUUGCAUUCUUGACCAUCCAGGUGGUCAUAAGUUAUAAAGGGAGGCCCACGUCUGCUCCAGUAAAAGUGUCCUCUGGGCAAGAAGGCAGCACCAGUGAGUCUUCCGGGAAAGUGGACACUGCCAGCCACACAGACACAGGAACAGAAGUAAAGAACCUUCGUGAGUACUUGAUGCCGAUAGGAGUCUUGGCUGCGAGUGUAACAUACCAGACUGGCCUGAAACCACCAGGUGGCCUCUGGCAGGACAACAACAACGGGCAUACUGCAGGCAACUCAAUCCUACAUGACACCGACAGAGGCCGGUACCGUGCUUUCUUCUAUAGCAACUCCACUUCGUUCAUGGCUUCUAUUGUCGUCAUUGUGUUGCUACUUCCAUGGAAAGGCCUCAACUUGCCACUGGGGCGAAUGUAUGCAGCCAUUUUGCUAGACAUGCUAGGCCUUCUUGUGGCCUAUGCAGCUGGCAGCACCAGGGAAUGGGAGACGUCCAGCCUUGUCAUCGCUCUCGUCGUUCCUGUGCUGGCCUACAUUGCAGCCUAUGCAGCAAUGUUGUUGUUCCCCAACAAGUGCCCAUGUGGCAACAGCCAGACCAACAGAGAUUCCGCAUGAAGCACCAAACGAUGAAGAAAAAGUUCGGGCGUGAAAUGAUUUUUUAUCUUCUUUCCAGGUUUAUUCAACUGCAAAUAAUGUGUGUGUGUGUGUUUCAGGAUAUACAGUUUUUUAUUCACAUGUACUUUCCAUAUGAUAUAUAUAUACCAAGUUCUUGUGUACAACUAUUGAGUAUUGACAUGU